AUGGCUCUUAUUCGUGUUCCGGAUACAGCAUAUCGCUUCGACAAUCUCUCGCAAGAACCUUACAGAGAACGCGCCUUCCGGCUGUUCGUUCUUCACCCAGGCUCAUUGAACAGCGAACUUGAAGGCGACAUUGUGACAUGUCGUUUAAGAAAAGCAAACAACAGUACUGUGGUCAUCGAUGCCGCUGACCCAGGCGAGUACGAGGCUCUAUCUUACAACUGGGGGCCGGUCACAGACAACGAUCCCGUGGUCAACGUACACGACGCAACGGUCAGCAUCACGAACAACUUAGCCUCCGCAUUACGAGCAUUGCGACAUCCGAGAUCAAAGAAACGAAGACUAUGGAUUGAUGCAUUGUGUAUUGAUCAGAAAAAUCAAGAGGAGAAGAGCUUGCAGAUCUCUCACAUGUCCAUCAUUUUCAACUCGGCAACCGCGGUUCGCGUGUGGUUGGGACCUAAUGACAGCGACUCCGAGCUCGCCUUUGAGUUUGUACGCAAAUGUCUGGCUAGCGAUGUGUUUGACGGGGCUAUGCGCGAUCCACACGUAUCCAAGGAUAUCAAAGCUUUAGUUUCGCUCAUGAAACGGCCUUGGUUCAGCCGACGAUGGAUUGUACAAGAGAUUGCUGUCGCCCGGACGGCAACGCUUCAUUGCGGCAAUCAGGUCCUGCAAUGGCAUGAGUUUGCCGAUGUCAUCUCACAAUUAUCGGCCAGAUUGUUUGAGAUGAAAGCACUGUUCAAGAAGUCGCCAGAGUUCAACAAUCACGCUGAUUACCUGGGCGAUAUUUCUGAACUGGGAGCUAUUCGUUUGGUCGAAUUGACAGACGACCUAUUCCACAAGACGGAAGACAACAAGAUCCGUGACAAAAAUUUCUCGCUUGAGGCUUUGAUGUCGACAAUGUCUGCUUUUGAAGCUUCGGUUGCUCAUGAUAUAGUUUAUGCUAUUUUGUGGCUGUCGAAUGAUGCUUUUGGUGUGGCAUUUCGACGCGAUCAGAGUUCGCCUCCUUCGCCUGCGAUGCCUCCUGACACAUCAGAUCAGCCAUCGAUAGACGCCCAGCUCAAGAGGUCACUGACAGACAUCAAUCAAAAUGGCGUCAAUGGUGAUAACAUCUCCAAAAGAAGAAGGGGUGAGGACAUUCCCUUAAUUCAGAUAAGCGGCGUCGCUGCAAAAGCAGAAGAUGCAAAACAGCAGUACCUUCUGCAAGACAACAAUGCACAAACAAUGACAAUCAUCGCGGAUGCCGCUUAUUGUUCUUCGCCGCCAGCUGACACAACCUCGGCCACAUCGCCCUUUCCUAACCUCUCAGACUUACCAUCUGAACAUAUGGUGCAAGACCACUCUCAACACUUUGUACCAGUGCAGCCCGCUCCGUCUCCAUUGUUGCACCAGGAUGGAAAUAAUGGCAAUACAUUGCAGCCCAUCAGCCCAUUGUCCGUCAUCAGGCGUCUCGGCCGCAGCAGAACCCUCUCAGACGCCAGGAGUCAAGGAGANAAAGAGCAGAUCAUAGUCGCCCGCCUCUCAAACGGAUUCCAACAACGCAGAAUCUACCUCGACUACAGCAAAUCCAUCUUCGAAGUCUGCCGCGAGGUGCUCGAAUUCGUUAUGUCUAGGCCUGAAGCAACUCUGGAUAUCUUAUGUCGACCUUGGGCGCCAGAUGACCCGAAUGAUGAAGCAUUUCCCUCUUGGAUACCAAGAUUGAGCAACAGAAUCGCUUUCAAACCAAACCGCAGAGGAAAAUACCAACGCGUCAAUGCAAACCCCUUGCUGGGAAAAUUCGACUUUAGCGGUCCGCCAUAUAGAGCCUCACACAACCUUACCGUCUUCAUGAGACCUACUUUUCCUCGCGGCGACNNCCCCCUGCGCGAAAGGAGUUUGCUCGUCAAUGGUUUGGUCUUGCAUACCAUCCAACCUUACGAAAUAAAAUCAAACGCCACUUCAGGAACCAUACCCGCAGACUGGCGCGAAGCAGCUCAAUGGCUCGAAACCCUUCCGCCUGAGCAAAAUCCCCCGCCCGAUUCUUUCUGGCGCACCUUGGUCGCAAACAGAAAUACACAUGGCAGAAAACCUCCUUUGUAUUGGCGAAGAGCAUGUUCUGAAGCCUUCCAAGAAGCCCCCAAAGACGAUGACUUAGAGACCUCGUUGGUGCUGAGCGGCAACCCUGCCUCUUCAGUCCGAGAGUUUUUACACAGGGUUCAAGAAGUGGUGUGGAACAGACGACUAGCACGGAUUACUCUAAAACAUACAGGAGUGGUGACGUUGUGUCUGGUGCCCAAGAACACACAGCCAGGAGACGCGAUCGCAUUGCUGUAUGGCUGUAAUGUCCCUGUUGUAUUGCACAGCCACCACGCAAAAGAUAGAGGUGAUGCAAAGUUGUAUCGUAUGUUGGGCGAGUGCUAUGUCCAUGGCAUGAUGGAUGGCGAACUCAACAACUAUCGCAAGACCAUGCCGAAACCAAUGCUGCGGCAAAUGGAGAUGAUGUUUGAACUCGUGUGA